AUGAGGAUGCAUGUGCAGGUGAAGGUGGGAUCCCUGGAGCUGGCGGCGAACAAGGACAUCAAGCAGAUCAUCGAGUGCACGGAGGAAUUCAACAAGUACCGCAGCCUCUGCAAGCACCUACAGCAGCACGGCCGCAACGGCAACCUGCUGGUGUUCGUGGAGGACAGCUACCAGGCCCGCUGCAUCCAAGGCGACAAGACACGGGAGGGGCGCGACUACGUCCUCAAGGACUUCAAGAGCGGGAACUUCCAGGUGCUGGUGGCGACGGACGUGGCCGCGCGCGGGCUCGACAUGAAGGAAAUCCAGAUGGUGAUCAACUUCGACUUCCCCAACAACAUGGAGGACUUCAUGCACCGCAUCAAGCGGUGCGGCCGAGCGGGCGCCAAGGGCGUGGCCGUGAACUUCUUCGGCUCCAAGAACUCCCGCAACAACGGCUGCGAGCUCAUCAAGAUCCUAACCGAGUCGGGGAACAACGUCCCGCCGGUGUUGUAA